UAGACAAAGAGAGGCGACGGGGUGUCCCUUCACCUUUACACCCGCACCGGAGAGCCAGCUCAAGCAGCGGAGACAGCAGACAAGGAGCGACGCAAAAGAAGCAAAGAAAAUGUCCAGAGAGCGAGUCUACUCUGCAGUCCGGAUCACAGCCAGCACCUUGUUUGCUCUGUCCAUUCUGGGCGCCAUCACCUGUACCUAUGUGAAAGGUUAUCAGUUCGGCUACACGGAGCAUUACCACCUGUCCUUUGGGCUCUAUGGGGCCUUUCUCACUCUCCAUCUCUUCAUCCAAAGUUUCUUCGCCUUCCUGGAGCACCGAAGAGUCAGGAAAGAGAACCGACCUAUCAAAUUCACCAAGUCAGUGGCUCUCUGCAUAGCGGCGUACCAGGAAGACCCUGACUACCUGAGAAAGUGCCUGGUGUCUGUGAAGCGCAUCGCCUACCCCAACCUGAAGGUGGUGAUGGUCAUUGACGGAAACCAGGAGGAGGACAUUUACAUGCUGGAGAUAUUCAAUGAGCUGAUGGGUGCCGAGAAUACCGCCUCCUAUAUCUGGCAGAGUAACUACCACCAGGAGGGGCCUGGAGAGACCACAUUCACCCACAACGAGGGCAAGAGCAGGGUGCAGCAAAUCGUCAGCCAGUCCACGUUCUCCUGCAUUAUGCAGAUGUGGGGAGGGAAGCGGGAGGUGAUGUACACAGCCUUUGCUGCCCUGGGAGACUCUGUGGAUUACAUACAGGUUUGUGACUCAGACACUGUGUUAGAUCCGGCCUGCACUGCAGAAAUGGUGAGAGUCCUGGAUGGAGACCCCAGUGUAGGGGGAGUGGGUGGCGACGUGCAGAUCCUGAACCAGUACGACUCCUGGAUCUCCUUCCUCAGCAGUGUGCGUUACUGGAUGGCCUUCAAUGUGGAGCGUGCCUGUCAGUCAUACUUUGGGUGUGUUCAGUGCAUCAGUGGCCCACUGGGCAUGUACCGUAAUUCUCUGCUGCGCAUCUUCCUGCAUGACUGGUACAGUCAACACUUCCUGGGCUCCAAGUGCAGCUUUGGAGACGACCGCCACCUCACCAACCGUGUGCUUAAUCUGGGCUUUAAGACCAAGUUCACGGCCCGUUCCCGGUGCUUGACUGAGACGCCGAGCCGCUACCUCCGCUGGCUCAACCAGCAGACGCGUUGGAGCAAGUCCUAUUUCCGUGAGUGGCUGUAUGGUGCACUCUGCUUCCACAAGCACCACCCCUGGAUGACCUACGAGGCCGUGGUCAGCGGCUUCUUUCCCUUCUUUCUGAUCAGCACCGUCAUGCAGCUGUUCUAUCGUGGACGGCUGUGGAACAUCCUGCUCUUCCUGUUGGCUGUGCAAGGGGUGGGGGUACUGAAGGCGGGCCUGGCCUGCCUGCUGCGUGGCUCAGCACACAUGCUCUUUCUGUCCCUCUACUCGUUGCUCUACAUGUCCAGCCUGUUGCCAGCCAAACUCUUUGCCCUGCUAACCAUCAACCGGCCUGGCUGGGGAACGUCGGGCCGCCGCAAGUUGGUGGUGAACCUGGUGGGAUUGCUGCCCGUCUCUGUUUGGUUUGGUGUGCUGACUGGGGGCCUGGCCUACACCAUCUACCAGGAGAGCCAGCGCCCACUGCCCGAUACUGAAAGGCCCUUCCUCAUUGCUGGCUCUGUUAUCUAUGCCUGCUACUGGCUGCUGCUACUUGUCCUCUACCUGGCCAUCGUGGCUAAGCCCUGCCGCCACAAGCAGCAGCAUUGCGACCUGGCCCUGCUGGAGGCUUGA